AUGUUUGCUCUACGAAGACUCAUUGCCCGUCCCGUGGCCAUGCCUAUUAUGCGCGUAGCUACGCGCCAGAUGCACGUGACGCCUCGUCGCUUCGCCUCGGCUGACCAGCCUCCCAACAUGGAGUCAAUGAUGAAUGACCCUCUCAUCCGUGACACCUUUGAGAAGCUGAGCCGUCACCCUCCGGCUAUCGCGGCCAUGCAAAGAAUGGGAGAGGUUAUCAAGAGCAAGGGCCUCGAUGCAUCCAAGCCUCCCAGCAAGAUGGAUCUCAUGAAACUCAUGAUGGAUAAGGAAUUUAGAGAAGCAUCUACAGAGUUGACAACUGAAAUGCAGAAUGCUGGUGUUGAGAUCAACCCUGAUGUCUUCAUGAAGAUGGUACAAGGUGAAAAGUGA